AUGUAUGCGUUGCGUAGACGUUGGGUACCUGCAUUUUUCAAGGACAUACCGAUGUCUGGUCUUAUGAGAACUACAUCAUUGUCGGAAGGCCAAAAUUGGUCGUUUCAGAACAACACCCUUACUGGUUCUUAUAUUUUAAUGUUUAUGAUGGCAUUUGAGGGUGUUAUGGAACGUCAAAGGCGUAAUCAAUUUGUCAAUGAUUUUAACACUGCUACAACACUUCCUAGAUUCAUCACAUCUAGUCCAAUUGAACCACACGCUUCAAAGGUCUACACUCAUAAUUUUUUUUAUCAGGUGCAGAAAGAGAUUUCAGAUUCUGAUAAUACUUGUUUCCAAAUGAGUGUUACUUCUAAUAAUGGUGUUGACAUUAUUAUUGUAUUGGAGAUGCAAAAGAACAUAAGUACCAGGCAACCAUCAAGUCCUAUUGUUGAUGACAAACUUGAGGAAUACCAUUACGAUUGUCUUAUAGAGGAUACCCAAUACAUGGUUACACACUCAACAAUAGAUGGUUCACACAAGUGUACCUGCAUGCAUUUUGAACAUGUCGGUCUUUUGUGUAGGCACAUAUUCUGUGUCUUUAAGUACUACAAUAUUGAGCAGAUUCCUAAAGAAUACAUUAUGAGAUGGUGGCGUUGGGAUGUUAUUCCAACUGAAUUUCUUAAAAGGCGUUUUUCUAACUCUUUGCUAGACUCUAACUCUGACAUGACGGCUACUAAAAUUUUCUCAAAUGUAGAUCGUUGCGUUUCAUUUUUGAGCCAUGAUGCACCGAAGUUAAAGUCAUACCUUGAAGAGUUGAAUAAGCCGAAGAAAAAAAUUAUAGAUGAUUGUCCAGCCCCUGAGAUACCAUCAAGAGAAUCAUUCUACAACCAGAUUAUAGGUGUAGAAUUAACUAAUGAUGUUCCCGAUAUUGAGAAUCCAUCACAUAAUAAGGGAACUGGCAGUCGUGGUAAGAGAUUAAAAUCAAAGUAA